AUGGCUAUUUCAGUUGAAAUUAAUCAUGUCAUUGCUGUUUGCGCUGUGAUGCUGUGGACAUGUGCAUACCCAGCCAUGGCCCGAACAUCGUAUGAAUCUUCUGUUGCUGAAGCAUACCAGCACUGGACGUCCCAGUACGGACGCGAAUAUGCAGGUGAUGCGGAGAAGCAAAUACGGUUCAAAAUAUUUAAGGAGAACUUGGAAUACAUAGAGAAGUUCAACAAUGCUGGGAACAAGAGUUACAAGUUGGGGCUGAAUCAAUUCUCUGACUUAAAGGAGGACGAGUUUAUCGCUUCACACACCGGACUGAAGACUACUUCAAGCCAGCUAGGACGGUCAACCUCAGACUCCGUUACAGUACCCUUGACUCUGACUAACAUUCCAGAAAGCAGGGAUUGGAGAGACAAAGGAGCUGUCACCGAUGUUAAGGACCAAGGACAAUGUGGAUCCUGUUGGGCGUUUUCAGCUGUGGCAGCUGUCGAAGGCAUAGUCCAAAUAACAACAAAUAAAUUGAUGCCAUUGUCCGAGCAACAGUUGGUGGACUGUGAUAACGAUAACAAUGGGUGUGACGGAGGUUCCAUGGAUAAUGCCUUCAAAUAUAUCGUAGGAAACAGUAUCGCCACCGAUAGCGAUUAUCCAUACCUUGGAGUUGCUGGAACAUGCAGGGAAAUAAAACAAGCCGCACCUCAAAUAAGGGAUUUUCAAGAUGUUGUUGCAGAUAGUGAAGAGCAUCUAUUACAAGCCGUGGCCUACCAACCAGUGUCAGUUGCGGUUGCUGUCAAUCAAAACUUUCAGUCAUACUAUGGAGGUAUAUAUGAAGGGCCAUGUGGCACUGAUCUAAACCACGCGGUUACUGUUAUUGGUUAUGGCACCACCGAAGAUGGCCAAAAGUACUGGUUGAUCAAGAAUUCAUGGGGUGGGAGUUGGGGAGAAAAUGGGUACAUGAGGUUGCUCAGGGAAAGUGGUGAACCUGGAGGUGUUUGUGGUGUCGCUAAGAAAGCUUCUUAUCCAAGACCUGUGGAGUAA